AUGGUCAUGGAGUGCGUGGUGGGCACCAUGACAUGCCAAUACGGCCUAGAAUAUUUCAUCAAUGCUCCUGGACUGGGCAGCAACCUAAUUUUCAACAUAACAACAGAUAUAUUCAAUCCAAAUCGGUUCCGUCCCGAUGCCGAUUCACUCAUUCUAUCCAUCGUUUCAUCCCAGCACCUCAUCCUACUUCGCACCGCUCUUAUUUCUUAUACCGUUCGCUUCUUUAGCGUUGGGCUGAUGCGAGUCUCCUUCCUGUUGCGAGCUUUCAACGACGCCUUGAACAUAGUUUCUCAGUCAUGGGUACGGUACCUGGGCUUUUUUCAAGAUCCGGAGUUAGCACCUAAAGAGACGGCUGCAGGUCCCCAUGUAGUUUCCCAGGAACCUUGGGCGAAAUUCCCCGCAAUAGAGCCAAUCAAGGGAUACAACGUUUUGAUUCUUCUCCACAUUGGACGACCUCAUUCCUCUACGCUCUUCCAAACAUCUUUGAUCAGGGGGAUGUUUAUCGAAGAUCUCAACAAGUCUGUAUUUAGCGGCUACGCUAUGCUUGUUAUCAAGGUAUUAGAUAUGCCUCUUGGUGGUGAUGGCCAUUACUACUUCAGUAUUUCAUUCGUAUCUUCUCGGCCCACAGAAGCUGACGUCCCCUUCAGCGUAAAGAGCAUAGAUGGCUCUCUUAACGCCGGACUUGUAGAUAAGAGAGUGGUAAUUCUAUGGAUAACGAUUAUUGGUGGCUCUGCCAACGGAGGCUCAGUUUUGGCGCAGCCAUUUAAAAUGAACGAAUAUAAGACUGUGUGCUUGGUCAACUCGAGGACGUAA